CCAGAGGACGUAACAGCGCUGAUUGAGUUCCGACAUAGAGUGCUCCAUUCUCCUGCCCUUCUCGGCGGUCCAACGCUGGUCCAUUGCAGUGCGGGAAUCGGUAUAAUCUAUUAAAGGAAGGUAAUUCGAACAAGGCCAUUGAGAUUCCAGGAUGCAUCAUCAAUAUGAGACAGAACAGGCCAAACAUGGUCCAGACUGCGGAACAGUACAAGUUUCUACACCUUGCCCUGGUUCACACCCUGACCUUAAACAGUGAGCAGAUAUCACGACAACAGUUCCAGAACUACAUGAUCGAGACCAACAAGGACGAUCUUAUCACGCAGUUUAAGAAAAUAACGGACACUCCCCACGUUCACACUGACGAUUAAAUCGUUGCUAUAGAACGAAACAAGUCUGAGAAAGAAAGGAACAGAAGUGGAGCAGAUAUUCCAGGCGAUGAAAACCGCCCUCGACUUUAUCUGGGCAUAAGACAUGGAGCUUCAGACUAUGUCAACGCUGUCUUUGUUCAUGCGUUUCAGGCGAAUCGGAAAUACAUUCUCGCCCAGUCUCCGAUGCCAAAUACUGUACAGGACUUCCUUACUUUGGCAUACCAAGAAAAUUGCUCCUGCAUUGUCAGCUUUGAACAAAGUGACGGCACAAAGGAUAUGGGUGAAUAUAAUCCAGCGGACAAUCAAGUGCUCAAGAAAGGUCAACUCUCUGUUGCAUGUGGUAGGGAUAAGGUCGCGAACGAGUAUAGUAUCCAGAAAGGACUAACUAUUGAGUUCACGGGAAGCACACAGAAUGAAGGUGGCAAGAGUACAUUGCGACACUUUGAGUUUACAGACUGGAACCAGACUGGAAAUGUUCCAUGCAGCCCUGCUAAAUAUGUUGCAUUUCUGAAAGAUGUCGAAAUUGCAUCGUCCAAUGGGCCUGUUCUAGUCCACUGCAGGGAUGGGGGUAGUAAGAGCGGGAUGUUCUGUGUUAUGGCAUUCCUCGUGGAGAAGAUGGUAGUAGAGCACGAGGUCAGUGUGGUAAAUGCCGUCAGGAAGGUCAAGGCCAGGAGACCCAACGCCGUUCCCAAUCAGGCACAGUUCGACUUCUGCCAUGAUUGUGUUCUGGAGUUUGUCCGUUCGUUCAAAACAUACUCCAAUAUCGGCGGAAAUAUAUAAUGUGCAUUUGAAAUAACUACCUUAACUCCUAUGAUUUAAAAUAGUUUACAUAGGUAAUCAAUAAGAAGAUUAGCUAAUAUAUGUCGCUUUUAAUUUUAACAAUGUUUUCUUCAUUUUUUCCCAGUUUUAGAACAAUGAU